AAACAAAUAAAAAUUAUGUUACUUGAAAAUAAAAUGAAUAAAAUACUUUCAUAACCAAAUCAAUUAAUUAAAAAUGGUCUCUAGUGAAGAAGAACCGGAAACAAAGCAGGACGACGCUUUAAAAUGGGACGUAGAUAUGGAGAUACAAUUAUUUUACGCUAUGGCCAACCAUAAACCAGUUGGUAUAAACAAACACUUCCAAAUGGCCUGUAUAUGGGAGAAAUUAUCGAAUUCAGUUACCAAAGAGAUAUCAACCCAAGAUAUAUGGAAACACUUAGGCAGUUUAUAUGAUUUUACGAUGUUAGACGAAGCCGAACCUAUACCGUUUCCCAAUCAUGAAAUUACAUUCUGUUUGCCCGAAAAUGAAUUUGGCGCUUUAAUGAAACAGAAAUCGAAGGAGGUUUUGGUUAGUGAAGAAACUGAAGAUAAAGAUGGACGAAGCCCUUCUCCUAAAUCAACUCCGAGAAGCAACUCUAAAGGGACUGCUUCUAAAGACAAUAUGUCUAAAGGUACUCGGAAGGACAGCAUCAGUGCUCUUGCAACGAAAACACGUAAAGAAAGCGGCAGCUCACACGCGUCUACAGAUACGCCGAGUAUUAAGUCUGAAAAAGAAUAUGAUAGGAGAAGAGAUUCACGCGACUCGAAUGCGUCCGGGCCAAGGGACGGCUCGUCCGGCAGAAAGUCUACCUCGCACAAGGAUAAAACGCCCAAAUCUAAAAUCAGCUCUAUUGCUGGUCAGUCGAAAGUCUGGGAUUCCCCUCAAUUAGAUGAAGAGACCGUUUCCAGACGAGGACGGCGCCGCGCUAACACAUCGACGCCACCUUCAACGACGCCGGCCAAACGUCGCCGCACUUGACACAAGCUCACACAUACAUACCAUCAUUUCUUCUAAUACACAACCCGGUCAAAAGGCAAUCGGAAACAACCCGGGCAAAGGGGACUUAACGCGGGUGCCGUAGUCUGCCUAGUCUAGUAGUCUGCCUAUGUUAUUUUUAAAACCAACUACCGAGUAUAAAACAUUAGAAACAAACCAACAUUACAUAAAUGGUGACGGAUACUCAUCAUUGCAAAUUUUUUUUUAAUAAAAUUGUUAUCGGUUCCAUUCUGUUGUUGGAAAUGAUUUCUAACAUAACAAUAGACAAUUGGAGACCAAUAACCAAACGAUCGCUAUUUUUGUGUAAUAUGAUGUAUAUUUUUAAGCAAACAGUAAAAUCUAAUAUUAAAAAUUUUUUUAGGACCAAUAACAACGCAUCCUGUCAUCUGUGACUUAUUUAUUGGGUAUAUAUAUCAGGACUUUUUGGCGGGAACGCGAGCAGUGAAGUUGUGUGAUUUCGUUUUAUUUUGUCUAUUUAGUGUUUCUUCAGGUUUAAAUGUGUAAU